UAUGGCCGACGUGUUAACGAUCUGAUGCAGUAAGCUUAUGCACUAUGCACAGAGAAACUGCUAUUAAAAAAUAAAAUACAGCCUGAUUUGAAAUUAAAAAAAGAAAAUGUUAAAAGCAUAGCUAUUAACUCAUACUAAUUAGGAUUUAAAAAGAUUUACCGAAAUGAAAAAUAACUAAAGAUGUCAACAAAAAAGAAAGACAGAGAUCUGGGUAAAAAACUGGAUCUUAGUGCUCAUGAAAAGUUUUUGGAAGAAAAGGUGAAGCAAUAUAAAGAAAAACUUGAAGCUCAGGCAAAGGCAGCUACCACAAGUAAACCGCCCUCAACUUCAGAUGCUAAUACAACUCGCUUACUUGGUAAAAGUUCAAAUGGAAGUGCAACUCCAAAACGAAUGCCUAAUUUAUUUAACAAUGAUGGCAGUUUUAUGGAUCAGUUCAAGAAAAUGACAGGGCAAGCUGCAAAGAAGGGGACUGUAUCAUUAGAUAGUAAAGCUCUCUUACAAACUAAAGUCAAAACAGAAUUGUCUCAGUCAAAUAAGCUUGACACAGUAAAGUAUCACAAGCAGCCUGCACCUGCAAUUGUUCUUCCUUCAUUUAAACUCAAAGAUUCUUCUCAGUUUGAGAGCAAAGAAGACAAAGAUGUUAAAGAUGAAAUCAAACAGGAAAAACAAGAUUAUAAUGAGAGCUCUACCCCUGGAUUUGGAAGUUAUGGACCCAGCAAGGAUGAUCCUCCAUCUCCUCCAAAAAUACCAUCAAAUAUUGUUAAAGACACAGCAGAGAGCAAACCUUAUCCAAACUAUGAACCUACAGAGUAUUUACCAGAGAAUUAUAACAGUUACAUGUUCAAUGAACUUGAACACAGUUCUAUUCCUUUGCCACAUCAACCACAGUAUGUGGGCGUGUUUCCUCAAGUGGGUCCACCUGACUCAUUGGCUCAUUUAACAGUCUCGCCAGUACCAAGUGCACCAUUGCCUUUACCGCAGCUGCCACUAAUGACAUCGACUCCUAUUGCCAGUGCACCUCUACCUAUACAAAGUCAGACUAUGCCUUAUAUGUUCAGUCAGCCCCCACCACCAGUAACUUCGUAUAGCCUUAACAACCAUACCAUGCAUCAAGUGCAGAAUAAUGAAGUUUUGGCUGGCUUACAACACGAUCCCCACCUAGUUGUGGUACAAAACCCUGCAGCUCAAAGUAUCCAACCUACCAUGUACAUUAGUGGUCCUCCUCCACCUCUACCUCCAAUGCCUAAUAAUAAUAUAGCAGUCCAUGCAGCUGGGCCACCCCUACAGACAGUGAUCGUCUCAACUGUAUCCAUACAUGUCCCACCCCCACCCCCAGGAGUCAGUUAUCAUCCAACACAUGCCCCCAUCUUAUCAUCAGGCUUGUACAAUGUCCUCUCUAUGCCACCUCCCAACCCUGUUGCCAAUCUAUUUACAACACCACCCCCUACUUCUAGUUCUUCAUUAGGACUUCCCAUCUCCACUGCUGGUAUAUAUGGGGCACCCCCUGCAACACAGACUCUACCCAUGUCUCAAGCUCAACCCAUGUACCCUGUUGGUGUAAGUGGUGCUAUGUAUGGUCAGAUACCACUAGCAACCCACCCACCACCGCAGACAAACCCAGAUGUAGGCAUGUAUGGACCACAUUCUGUCAGCUCAAUACCUCAUACAGAAAUAGGAAUGUAUGGACCAGUUAGUACAAACACAAAUACCAGUAUGACUAUUGAUGGGGAAGAAUAUGAUCCAGCAGCACCUACUGAUGAUUUAGAAGGUAGUACUUCAGAGAUAGAUCUGCCAGCUGUAUCUUCUACAUCAACUUCUAGGGCCAAUAGCAUUUCUUUUGUAUUGUCACAGAAACCAAGCUCAAAAGUGAAUCCUCCAUUAUCUGCUGGUGCAUUCAGAAAUGAUACCAACUCACCAGUCUGUCCCCCAGAAGAUGAAGAAACACUAAAGGUCAUUGAACAGUUGGCUGUACAAGUGAUGCUGUCUGGUCCACAAGCUGAGCAAAGAGCACUGGAAGAGCAUGCUAAUGAUCCACUCUACUGGUUUCUUAAAAACAAAUCAAGUGAUACUUACAAAUAUUUUCAAAGGCAAGUAGAAAAACUUAUCAAACCAUCAGUUAAACAAGAACCAAGCAAUGAUGAUGAAUCAGGUAAUGGAAAUACCAAACAACCCAUGAAGAAAAAACGCAAGUCUAGAUGGAGUGAUGAAAAAGGUCUGGGCAUGUGCAGCCAAGCCUUGGCUCCUCCAGGUGUCAUUGUACCUUCUCUGGCCCCUACAAACAUUGGGGUACCCACUAUACCAGGGGUUGUUACAAAUAUCCAGCUUGGAGGUGUCACCACCAUACAGCCACACUUCCAGCUUCCUCCUGUUACACAGAUACCUGUUCCAGGACCUACAAAUAUGCAAGACUAUGCAAGGAAAGUGAUAGGGAGCGAUUCCAUUACAGAAGAACAACUAAAGCAAAUCAGAGAGCAACAAGAGAUGAAUUUCAUGUAUGAACUGGUAAUGGCCCAAAAGAAGAUGCAAGAGCAGGCUCUAAUGGCUGAAAUUGAAGGAGUAAAAGUGAAGAGAAAAUAUGAAUAUGAUUCAGAUGAAGAGACUGAAGGUGGUACAUGGGAGCAUAGACAAAGAGCAAAAGAAAUGGAUGCAACAAAAAAGUGGGCAGAAAAACUUACAUCUGGUGCUAGGGGAAAACAUUUCCUUGGAGAUUUUUUACCACCUGAAGAACUGGAAAAGUUUAUGGAAACUUUUAAAGCUUUAAAAGAUGGGAGAGAACCCGACUACUCUGAUUAUAAAGAGUUCAAGUUGACUUGUGAAAACAUGGGCUAUCAGAUGUUGGUCAAGCUAGGAUGGAAAGAGGGUACAGGCCUUGGAGCACAGGAACAAGGCAUCACCAAACCAGUUAACAAAGGAAACACAUCUGUUGAAGGAAGAGGUUUGGGUAUUGAAAGGCCAGCUGAGCUCACAAAAGAUGAUGAUGAAUUUGAUGCUUAUCGUAAAAGGAUGAUGCUUGCUUACAGAUUCAGACCAAAUCCAUUGAAUAAUCCAAGGCGCCCAUACUACUAGCUUAUGGUGACAAUCUAAACAAUUCAGAGCAAGCUCUGUUGUACUUCUAACUAAUAUUGCUUUAACAGAUGUUAAACUUAACAGAUUUUAAUUUAUUCAGGAUUUCUCAAGAGUUGAACCAUUGUUUUAAAAUUAUAAAUGGUACUGACAACAGUAAUGAACUGUUUAUUCAAAUUCCCUGAGAGUUUGAAAAUUAAACUUUUAGAGAAAGGUUUGACUGUCAAAUAUUUGUAUGCAGUAGCAUUAGAUGUAAAAUUUCUGUCAUUUUCACAUAGAUUCUGUAGUGUCUUCUUAUCAGGCAGUUGUUGCUGUAAAGGAUGUUUUUAUAUUAGUGGUUUGACUUUUCAACUGAAAUUAAAGUCUUUUUACACAA